AUGGAAACGGAAGCAGAACCUCUGAUGCCGGAAACGGUUCCCCAAGCCCCACCCGAGCCAUCGAAAAGCACCACAAUCGGCAAGCUCCCCUGGAUACCGCUCGCCGCGGCCAGUGGUGCUUGCGCGGCCUUCAAUGGCGUCUUCGCGAAACUCACCACGACCGAACUCACUUCCUCGUGGGCAUCCGGGAUCGCUACCGCCUUUGGACUUUCUUCUACCAAUAAAGUUGUCGAGAUACUGAUUCGAGCUUUCUUCUUCUCCCUCAACCUCGCCUUCAAUGCCCUGAUGUGGGCGCUCUUUACCUCGGCGUUAACCCGCGCCUCCUCUACCACUCGCGUCUCUGUAAUCAACACUUCUGCGAAUUUCAUGUUGACAGCUUUCUCGGGAUGGAUGGUUUUUGGUGAGAAAUUGCCGGGGCUGUGGUGGGUAGGGGCUGCGGGGUUGGUCGUUGGAAAUGUAGUAAUUGGAAGAAGGGACGAGGAGGGGGAUGUUACUUUCAAGGGCAAGGUGGGAGAAGAUGGCAUACGAGGGGAGCAGGAGGGAGAAGAGCAGAGGAGAGAGGGUUAUAGAGAUCGAGAAGGAGAGGAAGACGUGGACGGUGGUGGGGGAGAAGGAGCUAUAAGUGAUGGAGUCGAAUUGGAUGAGGCCAAGGUCAUAAGGUGA